UAUUGGAGUAAGAAGGCUUUUUAAUAUUAUUUUAAAACUUUGAUUGUCAUUUCUACACUGUUAUGUACGAUCUGUACAGAAAAAGUCCUGAUGAAUGCUUCAAAAAAAUGUGAAGUUUUGCCGUAGGUUGGCAUGUGUGCUUGUUGUGAUUUGGGUGUUGUGAUCGGGUGUAGAGGUUACGUCGGUUUCGUCAACAUUUGAUUACUUUUAAAUGCUAUGAAAUGUUUUUUAAGAAAGGGCCACAGUUUAGUUAAAACAAUUAUUAAUUUCUUCAUCUAGUUUAAUUAUUGGGACGGUUUUCUCAACGGUGACCGUAGAAGUAAAUCAUGUCCUUCCCUCUCUCGAAGCGUCAGAACUAAGAGCCAAGUCAAACUCUCCCCUAUGCCACAUAACCUGACGGUUUUUGGCGCCAAAGUAUUAACGGUUUGUGGUAUCUGAAGUGAUAACCACUGUUCUCAGUAAAACCCAAUUUUGGGGUUUGUUUUCUGACAUUUCUGUUGAUAACAUAUUGCCCUUAAUGAAUUGAGCUGUUAUGGGAUGGCAUUGAAUCAAGCAAAUGAUAGUAUGUCGAACAAGGAGAAGAGGUUACGAUCCCUCAGCAGUGAUGAAGAGAGCAAGGAAGAAAUAAAACAUGUGGCGAAGAAGCAGUGUCAUAAUGGAGAAAAGGUCAAGAAAGACUUGAAUAAACUUUUGGAUUCCAGUACUGAAGAUAUCCGUUUGGUUCUAGAUUCGAGUAUUGAAGACCAAUCCUCCAAUCAUUUGUCUGACAAACCAUCAGCGAUUUGGGUCAAGUGUGAUAAGGAUUUGUCUUCUGACACGGAUGCACCCCCUGUGAAUUCAAACAUUAAGAAAUCUAAAGAGAGAACCAAAGAGGAAGGAAAAAAUAGUGAUGAGGAUUCAUCUUCUGACUCUGAUGAGAGAGAGAAGAAUGGAAAGGAUUUAUCUUCUGACUCAGAUGCACCCCUUGUUACUAAAUCUAAGACAAGCAUGAAGAAUAGUGAGAAUAUCCCUAAAAAAUUAAAUUUAGUGUUAAAGAAAAAUGAAUCAGAAAAGAAACAAUCAAAGAAGGCAAAUAAACCAAUAGGUAAAAAUAAAUCUGGUGGCAAUGAUUCUACCUCUGACUCUGGGCCUGAUUCAGAGUCGGAAAAGAAACCUAUGAAGAAGACAAGCAAGCUGUCUAGUAAAAAGAAGUCUGAUGGCAAUGAGUCUGCCUCUGACUCUGGGCCUGAUUCAGACUCAGAAAAAAAUCAAUGAAGAAGACAAGCAGGCUGUCUAGUAAAAAGAAGUCUGAUGGCAAUGAGUCUACCUCUGACUCUGGGCCUGAUUCAGACCCAGAAAACAAACCAUUGAAGAAGACAAGCAAGCCAUCUAAUAAGAAGAAUUCUGGUGGCAAUGAGUCUACUUCUGAUUCUGGGCCUGAUCCUGAUUCAGACUCAGAAAAGGAAUCAUCUAAAAAACCAAGCAAACCUGUCCUGAAAAAGAAAACUGAAAAUACAAAGUCUUGUGCUGAUGUAGGGCUUGACUCGGAUGUAGAUUCUGAACAAGAAAAUCAGAAGAAAAAUGUAGAAUCUACAGACUCAAGUAAAACAAAGAAAAAGAAAGUGGAAUACACGGACCCUCAUAAAAAUCCUACCAUUAUUCGGUUGAAGAAAUAUGUCAUGGCAACUGGUCAGCGUGUACAGAACUAUUCGAAAUUUUGGGAUGGUUGUAAAAAUGACAAUCAACGUUGUCAAAGACUCAAGCAAUUUCUUACAAAUUUAGGAAUUGAAGGUCGCCCAACCAUGGAAAAGUGUCUGAAAUAUAAAAAGAAGAAGCAGAUUGCUGAAGAAAUGGCUGAUUUAGAGGAUAAUGUUGUUAUAAACCCAAAUGGGAGAGCACUACGCAGAAAGAAUGAGAACGUGAUGUCUCCUGUACCAUCAUCUGAAUCUCAGAAAGCCUUUCAACGCAUUAAAGCUAUGUUUGAUUCUGACUCAGAGUGAGGUAGCUACUACUACCCCAUAUUUUUCUUACACAAUAUUAGUUUUUAAAGUAUUCUGUUAAAAUAUUUU